AUGGCUCCCCGUGCUGCUGGUGCUGGUAAGCCUACUCGAGGCUGGGAUGCCGCAUCGCAUGAGGAUCUGCUCCUCGCUCUUCUCGAGGAGAUCAAGCCGAACAAGGCUGACCUUGCCAACGUCGCCGAGAAGAUGCGCAACAAGGGCUACUCCUACUCCUACGACGCGAUCAACCAGCACGUCCAAAAGCUGCGCAAGAACCGCGACACGUCCGCCAUCCAGAACUCUGGUGGCUCCGAAGCAGGCACUCCUCGCAAGCGCGCUUCUGGCACCAAGACUCCUGCUAAGCGUACCCCUAAGCGCAAGGCCACCAAGUCGGCUUCCAUUGUCGACGAGGAUGAGGACCUUGAGGAUGAGAAGAUGCAGCUCAAGAUGGAGACGGACGACAUGGAUGAGGAACUCAUGUCCCCCAAGGGCGCAAAGCGCACCAAGUCCGAGCCUGAGGACGAGGUCACCGUUGGUGAGGUCUAA